CCCUAGCCCCUUUCCUGAUUCAAACAAACAAAAACAUCUUUUGCUCCGACACCCCCCGAAGUUUCCACAUCCGAACCCUAACCCAACACUCCCAGUCUACUUUCCUAGUCUAGUUUUUUACUUCCUUUUUCUUUUUCUUUUUAACCAACAGUCGUUUCCGUUUCAGUAGUUUCAGCUCCAUUUUCAAUUUCAAUUUCUCAGAAAAUCUUUUCACAAAUUCAUUGAAUUUUUAAGUGGGUUUCACGAGAUAGUUUCUCUGGGUUUUCACAAUGGAAGUCGCACAAUCUUUCACCUCUGAUUUGGGUUUUUUGCAGAGAAAGACGACGCCUUUUCUUGCUGAAGCUUUGAUUUCUGAAACCUUUGUGUCUGUUCAUAGAUCCCUUGCGUUCCUUCUCAUGAUGACAGGACCUCUUCUCAAUGAUGUAGUUACAUCAAGGUUUCUUUUCUCUGAGCUUCACAAGAGGGACAAGACUGAACCUGAAGCUAAAGAAGGGAGUGAUGAUGAUGAUGAUGAUGAUGAAAAAGAUGAUGAUGCAGAGGAGGCAGAUGAUGAUGCUGGAGAUGAAGAUUUCUCAGGAGAAGAAGGGGGAGAGGAUGAUGAUGAUGAUGAUGAAGAAGACCCCAGUGAAGAUCCUAAGGCAAAUGGUAAUCAAGAUGAUGAUGAUGAUGACGAUGAUGAUGAUGAUGAUGAUGAUGAAGAGGGAAAUGAUGAUGAUGAGGAGGAGGAGGAGGAGGAAGAAGAGGAGGAAGAUGAUGAUGAUGAAGAAGAACAACCACCUGCUAAGAAGAGAAAGUAA